UUCUUGAUGAUGAUGAUUCUUCAGAAGGUAGUACGUCAGAUGCCACAGAAAAGGAAAACAUACCAGAGUUCCCCGAAAUGCUUAUAAACGAAGAUUCAUUUAAUAAACACCGUCCGAUUAAAAUACUGUCGAAUGUUCAAGUACAUAGAAGUGCCACACCAUCUCGAAGUCCUAGUACAACAACAUGUUCCAAUACCCCUACUAGUAGGCGAAACGAUGAUUCCCAAACCAUAACUCAAGCCGCGACUAAUUAUGACGACUGUGAUAGUGGAGUUUUAGUGAAAAACAGUCAGUUAAAUACACUGGUGAAAUACAUAGUAAGCAAUAAUAAAUUGAUAAAGCAACAGCAAGAAGCCAUUGCCGAGUUAACAAGUAAAGUUAACGCACUUCUUGAAAAGAGCAGCGAUAAUGUUCAGGCUAUACAAACGUGUGCCCAGUGGAAGGAAAGAAAAACAAAAUUAUUUCCUAUUACAGAGGUUGACCAAGUAAACCAAAUUGAAGAGCUUUUGACUGAACAUGAGUUUCAAGAAUAUCUGGUAAACAUUUAACAAUUUAACAUCAUUUUCACAUGUUUAUCAAUAAACGUUUAAUUUAGAUUCAAACAUGGUCCACAGAGGGAGGCAAAACCGUCAAUGAAUGCGUCAGAAAAAUUAUGCCCUUGGUGAUUACAGACGGAGUUGGAAUAGCAUUUAGUUACCAUGGUCAUAAACAGAAGAAGGAUUUCUCAAAAUAUAAAUUAUUGAAUAGAACUAUUAUUGAAAGUGUAAAGUUAAAUAAUAAUAACGCCACUUCGAAAGAAGUCGAAUUACAAGUAGCUGUCUGGCUCACCAAGUGCUCUGUGCGUAGAAAUAAGUCCAUGUUAAUCUAAUUUGUACCUACAUUGCAUAUGUAGUAACUAGAGAACAUAUAUAUUGUCUGUGGUAGU